GUUGUAACCUUCUGUGGAUGACUGCCCCUCCUCCUCCCCUAGGACUGAGGGAAACAUUCUUCAGCAGUCUGACUCGACUCCUGGAAGACGUGAGGCAGCAACCGAGGAAAUGCCAAAGCUGUCUUUUCUUUCAGUUUCUGGAAGGUUUCCUCCCACAUAAAUCUCUCUGGAGUUUUCUAAUACGGAUUAAAGCAUAAAAGGGGGAAACUGCUGCAUCUGUGUGGUUGUUUUUGAGGAACUGGUGAUGUAAGAGGUUGCUAAGAAGAAGCGACAGCGGGGAUGAAUGAACCCUCCACAGGUCACGGAGAGGCAUGGGAGCCUUUUCUGCAGGAGACAUGGGAGUAUGUGAGAGCAGCCCAGGAAGGGAUCCUGCUCUCUCCUUACCUCUACUUCUACAUGCCUGCAUCCUGCGCCUUCUUCAUCCAUGUAAUCCUCUGCACACCUUUCCUUGCUUUGGACAUGCUGGGCAGCAUCAGUGAGCUGGUCUGCUCGUGGAGGAUCGCUGCAGGCUCGGGUCCUCCUCCAUCUCUCCGUCAGUGGGUGGACUGUUUUUGGAGGGUCCUGUACAGAUACCUGACUGUCAUCCUCCCUGCCACAGCUGUGUUUCAGACCCUCAGGAGCCCCACCGUGCCGGAGCUGGCUCCAUCCUGCUGGCAGCUCUUUGUGGAGGUCCUUGCAUGUUUUCUGCUGUUUGACACGCUUUUCUUCUUCUGGCAUCUCUCCAUGCACAGAGUUCCUUGGCUGUACAGAAACAUCCACCAGCUGCACCACCAGCACCGUAUACCUUUCGCCCUGGCAGCGCAGGACACCAGCUCUGCUGAGCUUCUGUCUCUGCUGCUGCUGGCCCUGAGCAGCGCCUGGGUGCUGGGCUGCCACCCUCUGAGCGAAGCCUUCUUCCAUCUCAUCAACAGCUGGCUGGCGGUGGAGGACCACUGCGGCUACGACCUGCCAUGGUCUCUGCACAGACUGCUGCCCUGUCUGGGAGGAGCCCCCUACCACCAAUCACACCAUACUCUUCAUAGUGGGAACUACGCCCCCUACUUCACCCACUGGGACCACCUCUUUGGCACAUACAGGUCAUCAGCACUGAACUAGAGUCCAGAGUGAUAGAACUGUGUGCAGCUAUGUUUGAAUUGUUUCAGAAAAGAUAUCAUUAUGCCAUUAUACUCAUUUAGGUUGUUUUCAAACAUGGGCAGAUGUGGUUAUACUAUCUAGAGCAAACCAACUACUGCAACGCUCUGAGGUCUACAGUAACGGGACAGUUUCAGAUUUGUGACAACUAAAUGCUUUUUAGGACCAUCAGAUGGUUAAAUGGUUAAAUCUUGAUCAGUCACUGAUUUGUGAAAGUUAAUUGCUAUUAAUCACAGUUUUAAUUUUAUGUGAAGCAACUCUGAUCAGUUUUUUUUUCAUUUGGGAAUCAGAUGAAGUCAAAGAGAUGUUUUUUAUGAUUUUUACUUAAGAUUUAUUAUUUGAAAAAGUACCAGUGUGGUCUGAAACCAUCAGUUAAGGUGAGAGAUAACUAAGAUGUGUUUAUUCUGUUAAAAACAGAAGUGUUUCGCACUGAUACAUACUGUUAUAUACACUUUUGAAAUUUUGGGAGUGCAUGUACAAAAUGACUCACCUAAGUCCAAUGGUCCUCCCUUAAUGCCGCAUCAUUUUUACUACUUAAGUUUAGCUGUGUCUCCAUGUAAGCAACCAAAUUCAGGUUUGUGCUGUCUGAAGCUAAAAUACUUCCUUUUUGGGGAAAAAAAACUGCUUUAUUUUGAAAGAAAAUAAAGAGCUUCUGUCAAGUUAUAAUAUUAGUUUACAAGAAAGCAGAACAGUCAGUACUCAGCAUGUCUUUUAAAGUCAGAGCAACAGUGUAAACUACAGACCCACACCAGAUGUGUUUACUUCUGACUUGUCCACAGAGCUUUCUGCAACUUCUUACCCACAGUUUCAACAUAGGAUGACUGCGCCAUGCACCAAAACGCCGCGGGUUCGGUCCGACCAAAGGCAACGACCUCGCUCACUGGAAGCAGGAACAGUAUGUCAACAACAGACUAUUUUACCAUUUGGGGUUAAUUUAUCAUCCUUUCCAGUAUAAGUCCAUGAUAUUAUUGCUUUCGCCAUUGGGUGAGUACAUUUAGAAGUUAAAAGGUUAAUGUUUGCUUAAAGGAUCUGUGGUUUUAUGUAA